UAUAAUCUCAUAUUAUCAGUUAGCAACUGUAAUUAGUGAUAAUAACACUCUAGAAUCAGAUUUAUACAAACAUGUUGCGUUUUAUAAUAAUUUGUUUUUUAAUUACUACUGUAUUAGGGAAGAACGAAAAGAAAGUAGUGAUUUUAGACGAAGGCGGUGUGGAGGGAGAAAAAUAUUGGAACGGCGAGUUUUUUGAGUUCUAUGGAGUACCGUAUGCAAGUGUACCGAAAGGGAGAGAUCGAUUCCAAGCUCCUUUACCACCUGAACCAUGGGGUGGAGUAAUGCCCGCAAAAGUCAGGAGCACAAGAUGCUUCCAAACAUACCUUACUGGCGGAGAUGAAGAACCUAUCUUCGACGGUGAAGAGCAAUGUCUAGUUGUGAAUCUUUUAGUGCCUACAAUUGCCACGGACGAUAACCUGGUGCCAGUAGUAGUUUACAUACACAGCGGAGCAUUUUCGGGAGGAAAUGGAAACAUGGCGCAAUUUCAUUACCUAGCAAGGCAGGACGUUCUCGUCAUCAGUUUCAACUUUAGAUUAGGUGUAUUAGGAUUCGCUUGCCUUGGCAACAAACAAAUACCUGGUAAUGCUGGCUUAAAAGAUACAGUAGCUGCAUUGCGGUGGAUCAAUAAAAACAUUGCCAAGUUUGGUGGAGAUCCCAAAAAAGUGACUAUUGCAGGAUUUAGCGUUGGAGCGGCAAUGGCAGAACUCGUUGCUCUGUCGGAUACUACUGAUGGUUUAAUCGAUAAACUUAUUCUUGAAAGUGGAUCAGCGCUAUCUCCAUUUGCUAUCAACAGAGAUCCAGUUAACACAGCGAGAAACAUGGCAAUUGCAGUUGGUUAUAAAGAUACAGGCAGUCUUAGAGAUUUAACUGAGUUUUAUUUAGAAACACCGAUCAAGAAUUUAACUGCGACUGGUCAUAAUUUUUUCUUACCCAAUAGCACAUUUGGGUUUUCACCUUGUAUUGAAAAUGUUCACGAUGGUAUUGAAUCAUUCUUAACUGAACCUCCAUUAGAUAUUAUGAAAGAAGGUAAAAGUAAACAACUGGCCGUUUUGACUGGAUUUUCUAAUAUGGAAGGACUAAGCAGAUCUAUUAAAUUUGACGAGUGGAGCGAGAAAAUGAACGACAAAUUCGAUGACUUUUUACCCGCUGACUUAGUAUUGAAGAGCCAAGCUAGUGGAAUUCAUUCAGUCUCCAGCAGCGGGAAAGAGAAGACCUCCAAUAGAAGAAGGAAAACCAGCGGAGCCGAAGACGGAAGAUCUACACAGGACUGGAGCAGCCAGCGGAGCCCUACGGAGGACCGGAGCAGCCAACGGAGCCCUACGGAGGACUGGAGCAGCCAGCGGAGCCCUACGGAGGAGCGGAGCCCGAAAGGCAGUCUCCGAAGACAGAAGCCCUACGGAGGUCUGAAGCAGCCAGCAGAGCUCCCGGCUGAACUUCACAGGAAGAGCCAAGCUAGUGGAAUUCAUUCAGUCUCCAGCAGCGGGAAAGAGAAGACCUCCAAUAGAAGAAGGAAAACCAGCGGAGCCGAAGACGGAAGAUCUACACAGGACUGGAGCAGCCAGCGGAGCCCUACGGAGGACCGGAGCAGCCAACGGAGCCCUACGGAGGACUGGAGCAGCCAGCGGAGCCCUACGGAGGAGCGGAGCCCGAAAGGCAGUCUCCGAAGACAGAAGCCCUACGGAGUAUUUAACGAUAAUAAGCUAAAAGAGAGUUUCAUCAAGGAAAUAAAAGAUAAAUAUUUUAAAGGAGAAGAAGUAUCCCAUGAUACAUUACAAGGAUAUGUUGAUUACUUUUCUGAUUCGAUGUUUAAGUAUUCAAUCUUAAAAUCAGCUAAAUUACACGCAGAAAGGACAGAGAGGCCGUUGUUUUUGUAUGAAUUUUCAUACGUUGGCGAUUUGAAUGCCAAGCAUUUUUUCUGGGAUAAAAUAACAGGAGCUAGUCACAGAGAUCAGACGGCAUACAUUUUGGAUUUCUACGGUUUUACGAAUAAAAAUAGUGACCUUACCACGAGAGAUCGAAUGACUAUGAUGUGGGCUGAUUUCGUUAAAUAUGAAAACCCAACAGCAUAUGAAAGUCAAUUGAUUGAAAUCAAAUGGAAAACAUACACAAAUGAUGAUCGUAACUAUUUAAAAAUUGAUACUGAACUGGUUAUAGAUAAAAACCUUUUUGAAGAUGGAUUCAAUUUCUGGGAAAAGGUUUAUGACAAACAUUAUUGGAAUCCAAAAGCACCAGAAAUCAUUAUCGAAGAACCCAAGCCUUUAAAGAGGACUGAAGAUGAAAUAAAUGAUGAUACCGCUAUACCGAAUGCCUACAAAAGUUCUGAGAAAACGAUAGACAAAACUCUUUUACGGAAACCUGUCAAAUAUGAUCCGAAAGUUUCAGAUAAUGAACAAGAAUCAAGUACACCAAACGACGAUUCUGUACCAAACACUGAAGAACCUGUGUUAGAAACCAAGAACUCUAAAACAGAACUUUAAAUAAAUGCAUAAUUAUUUAUUGAAUAUAAUAUACUUACAUUUUAUUGCAAAAAUUGCAAAGAAU